AAAAAGUACGUCUUGUCGUCUUGAUAAACUACUACAAAAUAGUUUUUGUUUACAAGUUUACAAAAUACCAAUUAAUUAUUACUUAUUAUAGGUGUAUUACUCAUGUAUUUAUUCAGGUUUGUUGAUUAGGAUUGUGGUGAAUGAAAUAACUAAUAACUAGUAAUAAGACAAGAUGGAAAAGUUUUUUGCAUACCAAAAAGAUAGUAGAGAACCAUGUAAAUAUGGGAGAAAAUGUUUCCAAACAAAUAAAGAGCAUACAGAUAAAUAUAAACAUCCACCUACCAAAGAUGAUAUUAAAGUGGACGAUAAAAAAAUGACAAGAAAAAGAGAUUUAAAAGGAAAAUUAAAAUCAUCCAAUAAAACUAAUGGAGAAUCAUCAAAUAGUGAUCAUAGUAAUAGACCAAAUGAACAAAGUCACAACAGUAGUGAAAUAAAUGACAUGGAAGUACCUGAACGUCCUGAACAAACAAUAACCACUUCCAACAGUGAACCUAAUAGUAUUACUUCUUCAAGUAACCAACAAAACUCGACUGAAUAUGCGGUGCCAUCAAUGAGACAACAUUCUCAACAACAGCAACAAUUGUUAUUGACCAAUAGUACAUUAGAAGAUUGCAGUGUUGAUGAUGGUAUUGUUCCAUCUACACCAACAUUAUUUACACCUCGACGUUUAGAUGGAGAAACUGUUAGUUCACCUCAUGUACCAUCUAGCAAUCAAAUACAAAGAUUUACAUUUGUUGGCGAAUCUCAGCCAUCUCAAACUCCAGACUUAAAUGAUAGAGAACAGCCAGACGAUCCACCUGUACAAAAUGAAACUGAUUUUGACUGUUUAAAAAAAAAAAUUUCUGAAUUAUUCCUUAUAAAAGAAAUGCCAAAAGAGUUUUAUGAUCUUUGGUCUUUUUGUAAAAGACUGUGUUCUACUCAUCCAGAAGAUGCAUUAUUAUCAGUUGGAUUGAAAUUAGUUGGACCUUAUGAUGUAUUAGCAGGGCAUAUGAAUGGGUUUAAUGCUAAUGAUGUUGAAAAGACAGUUCUACAUUGGCGUUAUUAUUACGAUCCUCCAGAAUUUCAAACAAUUUUAGCUAGUACUACUUCAGAAUUUCAUAUUGGUUAUUAUAGGGAUGUACCAUUAGAAUUUCCUGUUUAUAUUGUUUCUAAUGAUUCAAGUAAAAACUGUACUAUUCAAAGAUUAGGAAAGAGUUUAUUUCAGGUUUUACGACACCACCUACAACGCUUAGAUAGUAAAAUAGCAAAUACACUUCAAAAAAAAUUGUAUGCUUAUCAAAAACAAAAAGUUACUGAAAUAUUACUAGGUCGAGAAUCUUUACCAGUUUCAAAAACAUUUCAUAAAGCUGGAAUUGUAGUUCCAUAUGAUAGAAAAACUGAUAUUGGUUAUCGGCCUCUAUCAGAAUCUGAAUAUAAUUUAAAAAAAAUUUUAAAAUCGUAUCAUGAAGCAAGCGAAAGUAAAAAAAUGGAGGUAAUGGAUAAAUUACAACCAAUUAUAAGUUAUGCCAAUAUAGCAAGUGAUGAGUGUGACUUUGGCACCGGAUUUGAAUUAGGCAUUGAUUUUUUUUGUGAUGGAAAUCCUGAUCUUCAUCGUAUUUGCAAACAGCUCUUGGUAACUGCUUACAGCUUACUCAGAAGACCUCAAUUUGCAACUAUUAUUAAGGCUCAUCUGAACAACAGAAGAAAAGGUCCAAACAUGAGUAUAUUAUAAAUGUAUUAAUACCUAUUAUAAAUCCUAUUUUACUGUCAAGUUUUUUUAUAUAUACUUAACAUUUAUUUUUUCAUUUAAAUGAUUUUUCUAAUUUAAGUAACACAAUAAAAGUGUACUAUAAAUUAUAUAAUAAGUUAUUCAAUAUUUUUUAUUUUUACUUUAGUUUUAUUAGAAAUUAAAUUUUGUGAAUGAUAUUCAUUAUAUACAUGCUUAGAAGUAUAAUUUUUGAUAAUUAUUACCUAACAUGUUUUAACUAUUUUAUUUUCUUAUAUUUAUUUCAAAGUAUUUGGUAAUAAAGGUAAAAAUGGUAAGUUCAA